CCUGGUGAGACAUAAAUCUGAGCGUUGAUCGCGUAUUUCCUACAUCCCAAACUGGCAACCUGCGUGUUGUUCCGGGGGAGGCGCUUGUACGCAGUAGUUUCUGGAAGGAACCUCAUGCUUGCACCAUGGAGAAAGUUUCAGCAUUGAAAGACCAGGGCAACAAGGCGCUAAGUGCAGGGAAUAUUGAUGAGGCUGUACGCUGCUACACCGAGGCCGUGGCCCUUGACCCUUCAAACCAUGUCCUGUUCAGUAACCGCUCCGCUGCCUACGCCAAGAAAGGCAACUACGAGAAUGCUCUCCAGGACGCCUGUCAGACCAUCAAGAUCAAGUCUGACUGGGGCAAGGGCUACUCCCGCAAAGCUGCAGCAUUGGAAUUUCUUGGCCGAUUGGAUGACGCAAAAGCAACUUACCAGGAGGGACUCCGGCAAGAGCCAACCAACCAGCAGCUAAAGGAGGGUUUACAGAACAUUGAGGCCCGGCUUGCAGAAAAAUCAAUGAUGAACCCCUUCGCCAUGCCCAACUUGUAUCAGAAGCUGGAGACUGACUCAAGGACCCGUGAACUUCUGUCCGACCCCAGCUACAGAGAACUGCUGGAGCAGCUCAGGAGCAAACCAUCGGAGCUUGGCACGAAGCUGCAGGAUCCCAGAGUGAUGACCACUCUGUCUGUGCUGCUGGGACUGAACCUCUCUGAGAUGGAUGAAGAAGAGGAGACCACUCCUCCUCCCCCCAAACCCAAAGACACUCAGCCCCCUCCUCCCAGAGACGAAGACCUUCCUGAAAACAAGAGAAAGGCCGUGAGGGAGAAGGAACUUGGGAAUACUGCAUAUAAGAAUAAGGACUUUGAAGCGGCGCUGAAACAUUACGAAGAAGCAGUCAAACAUGACCCCUCCAACAUGACGUAUAUAUCGAAUCAAGGAGCUGUCUACUUUGAGAAGGGAGAUUUUGAGAAGUGCCGAGAGCUGUGUGAGAAGGCCAUCGAUGUUGGCAGAGAGAACCGGGAAGACUACAGACAAAUUGCAAAGGCCUUGGCUAGGAUUGGUAACUCGUACUUCAAGCAGGAACAAUACAAAGAAGCAGUUCAGUAUUUCAACAAGAGUUUGACGGAGCACCGUACUCCGGAUGUCUUGAAGAAGUGCCAACAGGCGGAGAAGAUAUUAAAGGAGGAGGCAAAAGUAGCCUAUAUCAACCCCGAAUUAGCCCUGGAAUCGAAGAGCAGGGGCAAUGAGUCCUUCCAAAAAGGAGACUACCCCGUAGCCAUGAAACAGUACUCCGAGGCCAUCAGGAGAAACCCCAAGGACGCCAAACUGUUCAGUAACCGAGCUGCCUGCUACACAAAGCUGUUGGAGUUUCAACUUGCCCUGAAGGAUUGUGAAGAGUGCAUCAAACUUGAGCCCAGUUUCAUCAAAGGCUACACGCGUAAAGGUGCUGCCUUGGAGGCCAUGAAAGACUUCACUAAAGCUAUGGAGGUCUACCAGAAGGCUCUGGAUCUCGAAUCUAAUUCAAAGGAGGCCACAGAGGGAAUACAGCGCUGUAUGUUCAGUCAGACGUCUAUAAGGACUGACAGUCCCGAGGACGUGAAGAAGAGGGCCAUGUCUGACCCCGAGGUGCAGCAGAUUAUGAGUGACCCCGCCAUGCGCAUGAUCCUUGAGCAAAUGCAGAAGGACCCUCAGGCGCUUAGCGAACACUUAAAGAAUCCAGUGAUUGCUCAGAAGAUUCAGAAACUCAUUGAUGUUGGACUGAUAGCCAUUCGUUGAUGAUAACCAAGAGACUCCAAGACAACGUGCAAAUCCAUUCAAAACAUAACAUCCUCCUUUCUUGCCUUCAAAUUCAAAAUUAUAUUGUCGUUAGUCUCCCUGAGACUAUGUGUAUGGUAUGUUUUUUUUUUUUUUUUUUAAAUCAGUUUCACAACUUUUUCAAUGUAUUAAAGAAAGCAUCUUGUAUGUCAUCUGGAAGACUUGUGGACUCCAGGAAACAUUAUCUGAACAAAUCUGGAUUCAUGUGUACAGAUGCUCUAUUACAUGAAAUAAAACGGCACAAUUUAGUGCAGCAGCACACACCGUGUUUAAAGGGGAAAUUCCCCCGUAAGCAGAUAUUGCUAUAUUCCUAUUGAAUCAGGGUUUAAAGAAAUAAACAAUAUUUAAAAAAAAAAAAACAAUUGUAAUGGAGAUAACAAAGAAAUUGUCAACAUAAGUCAUUGUUAACUCUUGUUUUUUUUUUCCGUUUGACUAAACAUGGUGCAUUUAAAGCCGAGCGCUCAGGUUUGAUCAGCUCCUUCCUGGUUGAUCUCCCGCCGCAGGUAGAAAGUUGAAUCUAUUGACCACUCACAUGUUUGGUAUUAUUUUUGUACCUAUCUGACAUAUUCCAGGUUAGUUUUUUCUGCCU